UUUUUUUAGGUUGCCCUGCUUUGACUCGACGCAGAGUUGAAUAUAUUGGAAUUGGCUAUUAAAGUGUUCAACAUGGGAGCUCAGCUUCAACCAAGAGUAAUAGGCAUUCCCAGAAAUCAAGGUCUAUUCGAUGUAAAAGUAUACACUACAAAUAGAGCACGACUGAGGACUUCCUCCAGGAACAGAUUUAUGUGCACCUUAAAUCAGUCAGCACGGGUCUCGGCUCAAGCAGAGCAAAGAGAAAGUAGGACUUUAGUCAAAAUGUGUGGAAUUACAUCAGCUAGAGAUGCUGCUCUUGCAGCAGAAGCUGGAGCCAAUUUUAUUGGUAUGAUCAUAUGGCCUAACUCAAAACGUUCCGUUUCACUUUCUACUGCAAAGGAAAUCUCGAAGGUUGCACGGGACUAUGGAGCUCAGCCAGUUGGUGUGUUUGUAGAUGAUAAUGCUGACACAAUACUAAGGUGCUCUGAUGCAGCAGACCUUGAAUUGGUGCAGCUUCAUGGAAAUGGUUCUCGAGAUGCUUUUCCAGUUUUAGUCGGAGAGAAACGUUUAGUAUACGUUCUUCAUGCAAAUGAAGAGGGAGGCCUUUUGAACUCUGUUUCGGAUGAGGAGUCUUCUCUGGUUGAUUGGAUUCUAGUGGACAGUGCCAAAGGUGGCAGUGGCAAAGGGUUUAAUUGGGCUCAGUUUAAGCUACCAUCAAUUAGAAGCAAACAUGGAUGGCUCUUGGCUGGAGGAAUUAACCCGGAGAAUGUUUGUGAAGCUCUCUCUGCUCUUAAACCCAAUGGAGUGGAUGUCAGUAGUGGCAUAUGCGGACAGGAUGGCAUCCAAAAGGAUGAGUCCCGGAUACUAUCAUUCAUGAAUGAAGUGAAAUCUUUACGCCUUUAGUUAAAUACUGAAUAAUGGCAAAUUCCCUAGUGCAUGCAGAUUGUUAAAUCAACUGCAAUGUUAGUGCUGAUCCUCUUGUAAUUGCUCAGCUGAUUAGUGUAGGCCAGGACUUGUAUCUCAUGAGAGAUGCUUCAAGUUUGUAUUUGAAAAUCAAGUAACAUUACAUACUUUCGUUUUGCAAUGGAAUCAAAGUAUUUUGUC